ACUGUACUGUCACAGAAGUUCAUUGGGGAAAAUGCUGAAUUUAAGCAUGGUAGAAUUUAGACAAAAAUUGGUAAGGGGCUUAGAGAAAAAAAUACUUGGUAUUUGAAUCCAAUUCUGUUUGAUUUCAGUGACCUGACUCUUUCCACUGUAUUGGCAUCUGCCCUAUAUGUUGUUUAAAUUGUUAUGUCUAAAAUAACUAUAUUUCUCCCCAAGUAAUCAGUACAAACAGAUAGUCUACAACAAGUUAUAAGUUAGUUUUUCACUUAUUCUCCAGUGGACAUCAGAUAAAAAUAACCUACUAAAACUCUUAAUGUUCCAGAAAACAAAAAAUAGAGUAAAAGGUUGUAUAGAAGUCUCUCUUACUCAGAUACAGAUUUGCUAUAUGAAGAGUUGCUGGUGGAUUUCCUUAAAGAUUUGUCUGAACUUCAAGAUAAAAUUAAAAAAAAAUUAUUUUACUAGGUCAAGUCUCCUAGUGUAGCGACUCCAGCUUGCCAUCCUUAAAUAAACAUGUAUAACCUGUCUAGGUAUUAGUUUCUCAUCCACAAAGUGAGAGGUGUAGCAUAGGUCAUUGUUAAGACCCCUUCCCUAAAUUCCAUGAUUAAAUCAUCAUAAAGUUUCCACAUUUGCUCAUGAAACUAAAAGUCAAGUUGCUGUAUCUUGUGAUAAUUUACAAAUUGAAAGGUAGGUGCACGUGUUUAAGGAACCCCCCCUUCCUCAUGUUAGUAUAAGGAAGGCGGAUGGACUUUUUUAAUCCUAUUUUUGGUAUUUUAGUGCAUCAAAUACUCUUUUAAGAGUACCAUUUGAGGAUACAGCAUAUUUGGAACAUGAGCAUCAUUGAAAACAAUCACUUGGUCCCUUUUUUAUUGUCUUUUAAACAGAUGAUUUUUGAUCCUACUAUGAGCAAGAAGAAAAAGAAGAAGAAGAAGCCUUUUAUGUUAGAUGAGGAAGGGGAUGCCCAGACAGAAGAAACUCAGCCCUCAGAAACGAAAGAAGUGGAGCCAGAGCCAACCGAGGACAAAGAUGUAGAAGCUGAUGAAGAGGACAGUAGGAAAAAAGAUGCCUCUGAUGAUCUAGAUGACUUGAACUUCUUUAAUCAAAAGAAAAAGAAGAAAAAAACAAAAAAGAUAUUUGAUAUUGAUGAGGCGGAAGAAGCUGUAAAGGAUCUUAAGAUUGAAAGUGAUGUUCAAGAACCAGCUGAACCAGAGGACGACCUUGACAUUAUGCUUGGCAAUAAAAAGAAGAAAAAGAAAAACGUCAAGUUCCCAGAUGAGGAUGAAAUUCUAGAGAAAGACGAAGCUUUAGAAGAUGAAGACAGCAAAAAGGAUGAUGGUAUCUCAUUCAGUAACCAGACAGGCCCUGCAUGGGCAGGCUCCGAAAGAGACUACACAUACGAGGAGCUACUGAAUCGAGUGUUCAACAUCAUGAGGGAAAAGAAUCCAGAUAUGGUUGCUGGAGAGAAAAGGAAAUUUGUCAUGAAACCUCCACAAGUCGUCCGAGUAGGAACCAAGAAAACUUCUUUUGUCAACUUUACAGAUAUCUGUAAACUAUUACAUCGUCAGCCCAAACAUCUCCUUGCAUUUUUAUUGGCUGAAUUGGGUACAAGUGGUUCUAUAGAUGGUAAUAACCAACUUGUAAUCAAAGGAAGAUUCCAACAGAAACAGAUAGAAAAUGUUUUGAGAAGAUAUAUCAAGGAAUAUGUCACCUGUCACACAUGCCGGUCACCUGACACAAUCCUGCAAAAGGACACCCGACUCUAUUUCUUACAGUGUGAAACUUGUCAUUCUCGAUGCUCUGUUGCCAGCAUCAAAACCGGCUUCCAGGCUGUCACGGGCAAGCGAGCACAGCUCCGUGCCAAAGCUAACUAAUUUGCUAAUCACCACUGAUUUUGCAAAGUGUGUUGUGGAAAUUGGCUGGACGGGUUUACCAUCAGAGUGGAUGUACCAUUGUAUUAAAAACAAGAUAGAAAAGCUGCCAAGCUCUUUGGUGUAUGGCUGGUUGACCUGAAAUCCUUGCAAGAUGCCGAUGCUCAAGCUGUUGACAUACUCAUUGCCUACUUUAACAACUGUCAGAGAAACGUGAGGGGGUAAGGCGGUGCUUUUUUAAAAUCGUUCAUAGACUUCUGUAAAAUGCAAGAUAAAUUAAAGUUAUUAUAACAGUGAUUCUUUCAAUUUGGUUUGUCCUUCAGUUUUCUUUUGUAUAAAAAUUGUGCUUAAUGAAUUCAGCAAAAACAGUUUGUGCCUGGGCUCUGGCGAGGUUUCUGCAUUCUUGUCCUAAGAAACUGGACAUAGGCAGCAGCCUCAGCUGGACAGCCAUUUUCCUCUCAGCUUCUCCUGAGAUACGUAAAGUAGACACAGCUUCCCAUGAGAGGGUGGAUGGAGCAUGAGAUCUGGGAGGACAGCCCAUUUUCAGUGUCCAGGGAACGAUUACACAGAUAUGAAUUCAUGUGAGGACUGUUGCUACUACCUCACUGCCAAGUCCUCUAGCUGUCACCAUGAGGGGGAAUACAAGGUGCUAGGUACCCUUCCUCCUUUGAAUUUUCUUUCUUAUUGGCCACUAAGAGAGUCUUAGAAACGGCCUUGAAGUGUAUCUCAUAAUUGGCUCACUAAGAAAAACCCUAGUUGUGCAUCUGUUGGUGAGUAAGAGAUGUGGCAUGUGCAGUACAGAGAACUCUUCUGAGUCUAAACCUUGAUACAAGAGGAAGUUUUUCUUUUUCUUCUCCAACUUGUGUUCCGGGUUUGAAAAGACCCACCACAAAUGCUUUUCUAUUUUCUGUAUUAAAGUAUCUUUUGAAAGAGG